GAUGAACCAAAGUCAUCACCAGCAAUCAGAAAUGUAUUACCCUCAGUAUCCAACGCAACAGUACAAUCCGUAUCCUUAUCCUACGAAUGGUGCCCAUGCUCCCGCUGUCUCCACUCCUAUGCCAGGACCUCAGAAUGUACUGCCCGUACCUUCGGCUCUGAGCAAUCAAGGAGCCAUGCCCCAGGCAGCUUACAGCAACAAUGCCCCCGCUGGCAACUUCGACACAACUGGACAGCACAAUCCUCCAGGCAUGAAGCCUAGAGUCACAGCGACCUUGUGGGAGGACGAAGGCAGCUUGUGCUUUCAGGUUGAAGCCAGAGGCAUUUGUGUCGCACGAAGAGAAGACAACCAUAUGAUCAAUGGCACCAAGCUACUGAAUGUCGCUGGUAUGACUCGAGGUCGCCGGGACGGUAUUCUGAAGAGUGAAAAGGUCCGACAUGUUGUUAAGAUUGGUCCUAUGCACCUCAAGGGCGUCUGGAUUCCUUACGACCGCGCCCUGGAUUUCGCGAACAAGGAGAAGAUCACCGAGCUUCUGUACCCUUUGUUCGUUCACAACAUUGGUGCUCUUCUAUACCACCCUUCCAACUCAAACAGGACAAGCCAAGUGAUGGCUGCCGCUGAACGAAAGAAGAAUGAAGCAAUCGUAGGCAAUCGAUCAUUACCUUCGCUUGUUCAGUCGCAUCACCAAAUGAUGCCUGCAAUGCCCACUGGGUAUACUUCUCAGCAGCCCCUCACGAACGGACACCAAUCUAUGGCAAACACUCCUCAGCCUCUUACGAAUGGUUCCCAGCCUCCCAUGAAUGGUUCUCAGACUCCUAUGAAUGGCCCUCAGCCACCCAUGCAAAAUGGAGGCAGCAUGCUAAAGCGAGUGCGCGAAGACGAUGAUGACUUGCAUCGUUCUGGUCCCAAUGGACAUGAUCCCAUGAACAACAUACAUGGAAUGCCCAACGGAUAUCCCCACCAGUCGCCCCUCGGAAGCGUUCACCAACCUCCCAUGCAGAACGGAAAUGAUGGUGGACUCAAGCGAGGCCGAGAAGAGCACGACGACAUGCACAGGGCAGGCCCCAAUGGACAUGAUCCAAUGAACAACAUGCCUGGUGGCAUGCCUAGCCUCCCAAAUUAUGCCCCACCGCCUCUCCAGAACCUUCACCAGCCUCUUUCCAAUGGUGACAGCGGCAUGCUCAAGCGCGGCCGAGACGACGACGACGACGUCCACCGGUCAAGUCCCAACGGUCAUGACGCCAACGGUAAUUUUGAGUUGAAGAGAAGAAAGACCGAGACCUCCACCUCAAAUGACAUGCUCCCUCAAUCCCCAUACUACACCCUGUCCAAUGGAGCAUACCAGGGUCCUAUGAUGAACAGCAUGAACCACUAUAAGCGACGGGAUGAUGAAGCCGAGACACCUCGGCCAGGCCCAAACAUGAAUGACUUAAACAAUUUUGACUUGAAGCAGCGACACAAGACGAUGGAGUCGAGCGUCCCUGCUCCUCAGUAUGACGCGAUGAACCGACCCCACUCCAGUAUUGGAAACUCGCCUGCGUAUGCUUCAGCCCCUACUGGAUACGAUCAUCUUACCCGACCUGCCUCCACCGUCGCGGUAUCUCCCUCAUAUCCCGCCGGUCCUGGUUAUGAGCUUGCUCGACCUGUCACCAAUGUCCCUAGAAGGCAACAGUCCUUUGGAUAGUCUUGCCACUGAUCAUGAUUACUCCAUUCACCCCCAGGCUGACCUUGUUUCAUGAUUUCAACAAAGCCAUGAUAUCAAGGUCAAGCGAAGUGUUUACUUGAUAAACGGCAAUGGAGAUGAAACCACCUCCUGUAGCCUGGGGGCACAACGAAACAUUCUUUCGGAUUUCUUUUUUUAUUAUCAUUUUUCCUUUAAGACUUUUGCAUGCUUUAUGUCGGGUACUCGCAGAAGAAACCCCAUCGAAAACCUUUGGAUCAAAAGACGAUGCUGACGAGUUCACGAACGACUUCCGAUUCUAUGUUAACCAGCAUGCUCUGUCACGGAUAUACAUGACUAAUGAGUCACGUUUUGCAUGGAGGCUUAAUUUCCGGGAAGAAUCACUGCAGCAACUUUUUUCUUUCUGAUUGAUUACUCCGGAAUGCGAUAUGAUCGCACGGUAUGGGGACAGCACUGCCUGUAAUGAGCCCAGGCGGGAAUGAUGAGUUCGGAACAGAUUCGGGCACAACCCCGUACUCUGGCAGAUCGCCAGUGAAUGGGGGGUGUUGGAAUAUGAGGGCAAGCCUGAGUCUGGUUCUUGAUGACGAUUUACGACUUAAAUUUCUCUCUUCUUCACUUCUUUCUUCUCGUGUAAGUCUCUGCUUGACCAGAGAGCGCCCGAGCGGGGGUGUGUGUUUUUGGGAAUGUUGCUUUACUAGGUAACGAAUUAUGAGGGAACAAUAAAAGCAUCUUUUUUCGAGAUUACAUACAAUUAGAGUG